CUUACGCCUCACCCGACCUGGUACCUAUGCCAACUCUCUCAACGGGCCUCAAUGGAUCGAGAGCAAUGAACCAUCUUCACGCCUGUCGCCACAGAUAAUGGCUUUAGCAUUUCCCUACGCGCGAUACGGAUGCCCAUGCAGCGACCAUGCUGGCGCGCCAACGCCAUCGACAGCCCUCAAGCGCAGCUCGAAGCAUAUAGCGGCCGAGGCGGACAGCGGCGUCCACGAUGAUGGCUACGGCGACGAUGACAGCGACGAUGAGACGUUCAAUCCCCACGAGCCUCGAGCGGCCUUUUCGCUCUUUCCCCUCGAUCAGCUUCUGUACUGCGACGAAUGCAAUGCCACACGCUGUGCACGGUGCUGCAGCGAGGAGAUGAUGUGCUGGUACUGCCCAAACUGCAUGUUUGAGGUGCCCAGCAGUGGCGUCAAGAGUGACGGCAACAGAUGUGCACGGCAGUGUUACGACUGUCCCUCGUGCCACGCAAAUCUCGCGAUCACUGUCGUUGACAGUGCCAGAAAUCGCCAGGCGGGUGUGCACCUCCGACCAGCAGACAGCGCGUCGCACAGCGAGUCCUACUUCCUCCUGUGCCAGUACUGCGACUGGAGCUCACUCGACAUUGGUGUACGCUUCAGCAAACCGACAAAGGUCACGGAGCAACUCAGUAGAUUAUGGAAGGCAAAGAUCUCGAGUAUUGCUGAUCAAGAAGGCAAGGCAGCCGCACCACAGCCUGCUGCAGCACAGCACGACGCAACCUUUGCAAAUCUCGCUCGCUUUUACAAGGAGCAAAUGAACGAGUCCAGUGAUCAGACCAACCCCUUCUCCAACAGCCCAUACAGCUCACCUGCGAAUCUGGCCCGCAUUAUGAGCAUAUACGGCGGACUAUCGUACAAUGCUCUCAAGAAGAGCAGAGAAAAGCCGCAACCAAUGCGAGAAGCUAGGAACCAGUCAGAAGGCAUCUCCACGUUUGCUCCUGGCGAACCCUCCUCCGAUGAUCAAAUUCUGGAGGCGAUGAGAACACUCGGUCUGCAGGGCACGUUGACAGCAUCACAGCGCUUCGAGUCACCAUACAAUCAUGAUGCGCGACUCAUUGAGCAUAGUUGGCCCAUGGCCACGAAGCUACGAGUUCGUAGGGGAAAGCGAUGUAGAGCUUGUCGGCAGUUUCUUGUGAGACCCGAAACUAAGCCGGAUCGGCUACGAUACAAGAUUCGCUUGAUCGCGUCGCAGCAUAUUCCUCGGCUCCUGAUCCGACCGCUACAGAUGACCGGCCCUGCCCCCAACCUGUCAUUCCAGCUUCGAGCCGAAAGGAUGGACGAUGUCAGACUUCGGGCCUAUCAGACCCAGCAGUACGUCUUGACCGUACGCAACCCCAUCUUUGAGACUGUCAAAAUAAGCCUUGCUACUCCCGCCACCACGCCGGGUCGAGUGGCGUCUAAAGUGACCAUCCUGUGCCCGUCUUUCAGCGUAGGCCCGUCGGGAGACAUGUGGGACGAGGCGCUGUCUCACUCGACCACCAGCGAUGGUAGCAGACAAGCCGCGAUGGCGUCUUUGACGGGAUCCGUCGACGCAGAUCGUCAGCCCGAAGCAGGUAAGGUGUGGGAGCGAACACGCAAUUCGACUUCGAUCAUUCUGGAGGUAGUUCCCGGUGGUAUCGACCGAGCACCCAGCAUUGUAUCCAGCCGGGACAAUGAACGAAUGGAGGAGCUGGCGGAAGACGAUGAUGUUCUCGAAAUCCCCAUUUACGUCCGUGCGGAAUGGGAAGCGGAUCCCAGUGGACACGAAGCAUUGCAUCAUGGUGAGAAGGCCAAGCCCAGCGAGCGUGUGGUGAAGGAGCUUGCGUACUGGUGUGUGCUCGGCAUUGGGCGCAUCGUGGGAGGGUGACAGUGCGAACGCCACAAGGACCGAUAUGCACUGCAGUGACUGCACCAGCAUGUCCCGAGUCGUGCCGCUCCCGACAUUCUGGAGUCGAGACGGAUCGGAUGACGGGAAGCACGACUCCCAGUAGCGUCAUCAAUAGGCGACCCAAUGAUAAUGGCUACGUAGAGCAUCGCAUCACAUCGCAUGCGGAAACAGGCCAGUCGUCGACUGCGCAAGUCGAUGAGAAUCUGUGUGGUAUCAGCGACGGAAGUGUUGGCGUCACUGGAGGAUGUGGAGCAAGGGCAGAUGUUCGGAAUAGAUGUUGAAGACCGGUGCUUCCGCUGCCACCACAUCACUGCUACGAAAUACUUGAUCUGCUCUGUGAUGAUGAGGUCCUUGAGAUUCGUGUACAGACAGCACUUGAUCAAUUGCUCUCUGCCAAGCUCAACGUCAGGUAAGAUCAGAAGGAAUCUUGGAA